AUGAAAUAUCCCAACAAGCAGGCCAAGGGACAAUCCCAGUAUCCCAGAGUUGUCAGAAGACCUGGAGACGACGAAAAGACUGCUGCGGACCGUCGGAAAACAAACCCCGCAUUGGCAAAAUCGCCUGAGAGAAAUCCCUCUCAUCCUCCAAGAAAGAAAAAUCAGGAUGCUGAGGAAUCUAUGAUAAGAGGUACCCACUCAAGAAGCACAGGAAAGGACUACAUCCUCUUCAGCCCUACCCAUGUAGCGGCGGCAAAGGAGAGAAGAGGCCACCAGAUGUCGUCCCGUUCCCUAGGCAACCACUCAGUGUCCGUGCUCACACCUCCCUCUGGCCUGGAGCAGAGCUCUCUGGGGGAGACACUGGCCGAUGCAGGACUGAGUAUGCAUAUGGCGAUUCCUACUGAUCUCACAGACAAGCUACUACUGUCCAGCUGGGGCCUUCCCAAGCCUGUGCUCGACCGGUACCAAAGCCGGGGGGUGCAGCGCAUGUUUGAGUGGCAAGCUGAAUGCCUCACCCAGAGAGGGGUCCUGGAAGGCAGAAACUUAGUGUAUUCAGCUCCAACCAGUGCUGGGAAAACUUUGGUGUCUGAGUUACUCAUUCUCAAGAGAGUCCUUGAAACGAGGAAGAAAGCUAUAUUUAUUCUGCCAUUUGUGUCUGUGGCCCGGGAAAAGAUGUUCUAUUUGCAGGAUGUGUUCCAGGAGGCGGGGGUGAGGGUGGAGGGCUAUAUGGGCAGCACGUCGGCUGCAGGCGGGUUUGGGGCUCUGGAUGUGGCCGUAUGCACCAUAGAGAAAGCAAAUGGACUCAUCAAUAGGCUGAUUGAAGAGGACAGAAUGGACUUGUUGGGAAUAGUGGUUGUAGAUGAGUUGCACAUGGUUGGAGACUCUGGGAGAGGCUAUUUGCUGGAACUUCUACUGACCAAGAUUCGCUUCAUUGCACAGAAAACCUCAACUGCAGAAACAAGCCAGAGUGUGUGUAAGGAAAUUCAGAUUGUGGGGAUGAGUGCCACGUUACCCAAUCUGGACCUCUUGGCCAACUGGUUGGAUGCUGAGCUUUAUCACACCGACUACCGGCCCGUCCCUCUGAAGGAGUGGGUGAAGAUCGGCUCCAGUGUUUACGACGGCUCAAUGGCCCUCGUCAGGCAGUUCCAGCCUGCUCUUCAGGUUAAGGGGGAUGAUGACCACGUUGUGAGCCUGUGUUUUGAGACCAUACAGGACGGUCACUCCGUGUUGCUGUUCUGCCCCUCUAAAAGCUGGUGUGAGAAACUGGCAGACAGCAUUGCAAGGGAAUUUUACAACCUCCAUCACAAAGGUACGCAAAAGCAGGGUUUGUCAGGCCCGCCUCCUGUGUCUCUGAAGCACGAGGGCCUGUUGGAUGUGGUGGCUCAGCUGAAACGCUCCCCUGCAGGACUCGAUCAGAUCCUCCAGCGCACCGUGCCGUGGGGGGUGGCCUUCCAUCACGCAGGACUGACCUUUGAUGAGCGGGACAUCUUAGAGAAUGGCUUCCGUGAGGGUUGCAUCCGAGUCCUGGCCGCGACGUCUACCCUGUCGUCUGGCGUGAACCUUCCGGCGCGACGCGUCAUCAUCCGUACCCCUGUCUUCAACGGCCGCCUGCUGGACAUACUGACCUACAAGCAGAUGGCAGGGCGGGCCGGCCGCAAAGGAGUGGACACUGAGGGGGAGAGUGUGCUGGUCUGCAAGGAGUCUGAACGUCUCAAGGGCGUCAGCUUGAUACAAGGCACGCUGAAGCCCAUCAGCAGCUGUCUGAUUAAGAAGGAGGGCGAGGGCGUCACGACCAGUAUGCUGCGGGCAAUUCUAGAGAUUAUCGUUGGGGGAGUUGCGAGCACCCCGGAGGAGGUGAAGCUCUAUGCCUCCUGCACGCUACUGGCGGCUAGUCUGGCAGCAGAGGCAGGAAGUGCAGGAUCGGCGUCCAGCGCGAAGGACAAGAGUCGUGGAGCCAUAGAGGCCUGUAUAGAGUGGCUCAUGGACAACGAAUUUAUCCACAUCCAGAACGACAAAGAUGGUGAGGCAGAUUCUCAGUAUUGUCCCACUCAUCUGGGCUCUGCGACUCUGUCCUCGUCCCUGUCACCACCGGAGGCCCUGGGGAUAUUUGCUGACCUGCAGAGAGCAAUGAAGGGGUUUGUGUUGGAGAAUGACCUCCAUAUUCUUUACCAGAUAACCCCUGUGUAUGCGGACUGGACCACGAUUGACUGGUACCAGUUUUUCUGUCUCUGGGAACAGCUGCCGUCAUCGAUGAAGCGUGUGGCUGAAAUGGUGGGAAUCCAGGAGGGUUUCCUGGCACGCUCGGUCAGUGGGAAGCUAGUUGCCAAAACUGACAAACAACGAAGGCAAAUGGCCAUACACAAACGGUUUUUUACUACAUUGGUGUUACUGGACUUGGUGAAUGAGGUACCUCUGAGUGUUGUGGCGAAGAAGUACGGGUGUAGCAGAGGACAGCUUCAGUCUCUUCAACAGUCAGCCUCCACCUAUGCAGGAAUGGUCACAGUCUUCUGCAACCGCUUGGGUUGGCACAACCUGGAGAUACUGCUGUCACAGUUCCAGAGUCGCCUCAGUUUCGGCGUGCAGAGAGAGCUCUGUGAUCUGGUGCGUAUCUCUCUCCUGAACGCCCAGACCGCACGAACCCUGUAUAGCGCAGGACUUCUCACCGUGGCAGAUGUGGCGCACGGCCGUGUGGCAGAUGUGGAGAAGGUGCUGAGGAAAGCCGUCCCUUUCAAAAGUUCCAAGCAGGCCGUUGACGAGACUGAAUGGGAAGUCCAGGAGCGCAGAAGCUUGCGUUGUAUUUGGGUCAGUGGGAAGAAGCCCCUGACGGAGAGAGAAGCAGCGCUGGAGAUUGUGGCCGAGGCGAGGCACCUGCUGCAGCAGGACUUGGCCGUGCUGGGUGUUAACUGGGACCCUGCCUCUCUACCACUAGAGGGCAGCACAAACCAGCCAGCAGCAGAGCAAUCAGCUGGUGAGGAGUCGGAGCGGACAGAGGCGCACAAGCCCGAGGUCAACAAAGCAAGUGUUAAAGGAGGAGUUACCGACGCCGGUACAAGCGCAGAUUGUAGACAUGCAAAGGGAGUUGUGAGAGACGCAGAGAUCACGGAAAGUCGGCAAAUGCCACGUGACGACGCCGUCCGUGUCCAAGUUACAGCCAAAGAGAAUGUUGAAAGCGGGGAAGAACCCAUGGACACUUCUGUUGACAAAUCAACCAAGAACACCAUUACAAAACCUGUGCUGGAUUUUCCGCCUGCUGACUGCGAACGCCAAUCCAGUGCAUUGUAUAAAGUACUGAGGUCCAUAAAAGCAGAGGACAAGAAACGGCCAGUGGUUGACACAGUGUCUGCUCAGUCGUCUGUGAAUGUGAAUUCAGACAAUCAGUUGAAUACAAAUGGCAUGUCUACCUCUGAGGAGCAGUCUGCACCAACACCACCUGAAACUCAGGCGUCCAAACGUAGGAAAUUGGAAGAUUUUGGAGUGACAAAUGGAAAUGAUGGACAAAUAGUAAAUAGCAAACACACAUCACUUCCAGAGAGGACAGAUCUGUCUUCCUCAGACUUAGCUAAGGAUAUAAAUCACACAAGUAAAGAAGGUGACAAAAAAACAGAUAAACUUGAGCAAGCAGCCCGGUCGAUAGACUCUGAGGAAGUCCCGGGGUUAAGUUGUGACAAGAAUCAGGACAGUGGAAGGAAGGUCAGAUUUAAAACCAAGCACAUGAUUGCUGAGAACACGCAUAGUGAGGCCAAACAUGGAACGGAGAGAUCUACUUUAGUGCAACCAAACAGGAACAAAACUGAAGACUUCUUUCAAAGUCCAGAUGUUCCCCAAGACACUUCCUCAUCAUCACCAUGCCUUAUCAGGACACCAGGAGUCAAGCAAGCCACUGCAGUCUUACCAGCAGAGAAAUGUACUUCCCCAGAUUUGUACACAGGAAGUACAGGAGACUUUGGUGACAGCUUUCAGCUGGACACACAGACUGAGAGAAUUAUGCAGCAGCAAGAUGGUGUUUUUCAGGGAGAUGCCAACUUAAAAGCUAGUAAUGGAUCCAUGAAAUCCCAUCCCAAUGGUGUCAUGCUUAAAAUGUCCGUGUCUGAAGAUGAAAAGUCCUCUGAGGAAUCAGGUUUUGAGACAAACCCCAACAGGGAGAGGUCAUCGGGCAAUGAGAGUCCUACCAAUGUCUGCCUUCGCAGGAGUACCCUAGCCCAUCCCAAAUACAACAUCUCCCUGACAGACAGUCAAAUGGAGCAAAUUCUCAAUUACAGUAAUCAAGUCACCGAAGACAAUUUGAGAGCUCCGCAGCAGGACGAUCAAGCAGAGGAUCCACAAGCACUAGAGCCCAGCAGCGACCAGAAGAUCCCACAGCAUGCAGCCGAGACCAGCCUCAAUGGCAGCAGCAGUUUCCUAUUUGAUAGUCUCUAUGACAACUCCUUGCUGGAUGCCCUGGCAGCAGAGGAUGCAUCAGGUGAAACUGAGAAAAAGGGGGAAGGAAUGGCGGAAGAGAAUGGAAUGACUGAAGAGAAUGGAAUGAGGGCUGAGAAUGGAAUGGUGGAAGACAAUAAAAUGACCACAGUGGAUGGAAUGGCAGAGGAGAAUAGAAUGGUCGCUCAGGGUGGAAUAGCAGCAGACCCUGAGGAACCCUCAGAUGGUCUAGCCCCUGGUGAAGUUCAAGAGGCCAUCCAGUGGGGCGAGUCCUCAUUCAACCUGUCAGAGUGGGGAGAUUCCCUAUUGAUUGGAGAACAUUACCUGGAGAAAAUGAAUAGUGUCUUAAAAUGUGGCCAACUGCCAAUAGCUAACCAAGUUAGAGCAGAGAUGCCAGGUAUGGAGGAAUGUGUUAUGCCUGACUUCCCUGUUGACAGAGAAUUGAUUCCGAAAGAGCCAAAGGCAAAGAUCAGUGAGUCCUCAUUUCUCGUGAGUCCAGGAAUGCAAGACAUGUUUGAUAAGUGGUCCGAGCAGUUUUCAUCUCUCAGUGAGAUGCCAGUGGAGACAAAUUCAGACUCCUCAGAUCAUGAGAGUUGUAUAGCGGAGAAAGAAGACAAUAUGGUUGACACUAAAAAUAAAAACAAUGUAGAGGGGAAUGAAUUUGUCGUGACACACAACACAAUAGUAGACUCAAUGUCCAGACAAAGGGGUGACAUCAUUCCUCCAACCCCAGAACCUGUGACCCCUGUUAGGGUCAAGAUGACCACCUCGGCCAUCCAGUCACCACUUCAACCCCAAUCCUCAAUGAACUCGAAAGAAAAACCUUGGCCUGACGUGGAAGUAAAAUUAAAAUCCAACAUUAGCGAUGACAACCCUCUAACUGACAGCGGCCUCCCACGUGAGGCGACUGAGGAACAGACUUCCAUGGGAUUCACUCCCAGCAGUCCAGAGUCCUUCACAAUCAUUGAUGUGGCCAGUGAUCAGAGCCUCUUUGAAACUUUUGUGAAGGAGUGGCAAACACAGCAGAGGUUUGCUCUGGCUCUCGCCUGUGAGGAGUGUGAUCGCAUUCCAGAAACCAAGUCAGUCAUAGGUGUAAAACACAAACAAGUGACAAACCUGAGGAAAGACGGGUUCCCUGUGAAAGGAGAUGAAGGACUUGUUGUUGUUGGCAUCUCUGUGUGCUGGGGAGGAAAGGAUGCCUAUUACAUAUCUCUACAGCAGGAACAGACCAACACAGACAUCAGUGCCAGCUUAGCCCCUCCUCCUCUGGAUGACAAAUUGACUGCUGCUGAGAGACAGAAGCGAAUUCAAAGCUGUUUAGAAAAGAAGGUUCUCUCUGAUGAUGGAGGUGUUACAAUUUCAUAUGACUUUCUUCAAGUCUACAAGACAUUGUUGCUGGCCUGUGGAGUCUCACUUGGAGGAGUCUUUGAAGACCCAAAGGUUGCUUGCUGGCUGCUGGACCCUGGCUCUGAAGAACGCACUCUGCACAACAUGGUGACAAACUUUGCGCCACAAGACCUGUCUCUGCUGGACGGCAUUAGUCCGGGACAAGGCGUGCAGAGUUUAGGGAUGAGUGGGGAUGCCAGUUACUCCGGCCGCUACAGAGCAGCAGUGGAAUGCGUCCUUGUUUACAGAGUCAUGGCCCAGCUCACGGUCCUUCUGUCCAAGGACAAUCUAUUAGAUGUGUUUCACGACGUGGAGAUGCCAAACCAGUAUUGCCUGGCAUUGCUGGAGCUCAACGGUAUUGGGUUCAGCACGGAGGAAUGUGAAGCUCAGAAGCAUGUGAUGCAGGCCAAGCUCAAGGCCCUGGAGUCACAGGCAUACCAGCUGGCAGGACAUAGCUUCUCCUUGACCAGCCCUGACGAUGUUGCAGAGGUGCUGUUCUUGGAGCUGAAGUUGCCGCCAAACGGGGACGUAACUGGUCAGAAGGCCAAGAAGACUCUUGGGUACACACGGAGACCUGGCGGAGGUCGUGUCAGAUUGGCGAAACAGUUUAGCACCACAAAGGACAUUCUGGAAAAACUGAAACCACUGCACCAGUUACCGGGGGUUAUUCUUGAGUGGAGAAGAAUCACAAAUGCCCUGACCAAGGUAGUGUUUCCCCUGCAAAGAGAGAAAUGUCUGCAUUCAGUCCUGGAUAUGGAAAGGAUACAUCCAGUCUCACAGACUCAUACAGCAACAGGAAGAGUUAGUUUCACUGAACCAAACAUUCAGAAUGUCCCCAAAGAUUUUGAUAUAGAGAUGCCUACAGUAAUUGGAGAAAGCCAGCCAUUGGAGAAUGGAAGCAAUAUCGGCUCCUCAAAAAGGAGAAAAUCGAGGAUUCCACAGCAAUUUGCACCACUCAUCAAAACAUUGGAAACUCCACAAGAAAAAGGCACACCUUUCUCAGUUAGUAUGAGGCACGCUUUUGUCCCUUUUCCAGGAGGACUCGUCUUAGCAGCUGACUACUCUCAGUUAGAGCUUAGAAUCUUGGCUCACCUGUCGCGGGACCGGCGCCUUCUCAAGGUGCUUAACAGCGGCGCAGACGUCUUCAAAAGCAUCGCAGCUGAGUGGAAGAUGGUGGACCCUGCAUCAGUAGAUGAUCGUUUGAGACAGCAGGCAAAACAGAUUUGUUAUGGAAUCAUCUAUGGCAUGGGAGCGAAAACCCUUGGAGAACAAAUGGACAUUGAUGACAAUGAUGCUGCAUCUUAUAUUGAAUCUUUCAAGUCAAGAUAUUCAGGAAUACAGACCUUUUUAAAAGAAACUGUGAAGAACUGUGGAAAAAAUGGCUAUGUGCAGACCAUUCUUGGCAGGAGGAGGUUCCUCCCUGGCAUAAAAGAUAAAAAUAUGUACAUAAGAUCGCAUGCUGAACGCCAGGCAGUCAAUACAACUGUCCAAGGGUCUGCAGCUGACAUUGUCAAGCUCGCCACCGUCAACAUUCAGCGGCAGUUUAACAAAGCUUUCCAGAACAUACCGCGGUCCCAUCAGCACCCUGUGCCAGGAGCAGGUGGGUCAUUGUCAUGGCGAUCCCGGCGCCACCGAGUCCUCUCCAGGCCCUUGAGAGGAGCUUACUUCAUCCUACAGCUCCACGAUGAGCUCAUCUAUGAAGUCGCUGAAGAAGACCUCAUACAGGUUGCACAGAUUAUGAAGAAGGAAAUGGAGUCUGCGGUGAAGCUGUAUGUGAAGCUCUGUGUCAAAGUGAAAGUUGGCUCCAGCUGGGGUAAUCUACAAGACUUGGAUAUUUAGACAACUGGACGGACGUUGGUCACCAUUAGCACCUGUUCAAGAGCCAACAGGUUGAACUGCUGAUUUGUAAAAUGUUGGUUUGUGAUUGUGGUAUUUGCAAUAACAUUUCCAAAAAAUGUUUUGACCUUCUGUAUUUAUUGAUUUUUAGCCUCUUCACAGUUGGCCUGUACAUGAGAUUUCCUUUAUUGGGUCAGAAGCAGUAAUGAAUUUUAAUGAAUGUAAUUGAAUGUAUUGUAAUUAAAUGUACAUUUGCUGUAUGUAUGUACAGUAUAUCUGUGUUUGUCUCAGGGAACUCCAAUAUGUAUAGUUGUACACAUUCAACACUAUUUCCUACCCAGCUUGUAAGAAGACUUAAAAAUGUAUCACACUAUUAAAAGUUCUGAUUCGAAGUUUUGGUUUGUGCUGUUGCUUCAUUCCAACAGACAAUAUACAUCCCACAUUCAACGGGGGAAUUGGGUGCUUGCCCUUUUCUCCAAAUAGAAAAUGUUGGCCUUUGAUAUGUUUUGUGCACAGUCACCUUACUUAUCUAUAUUAAUGUAUGUGCAAAACAUCCAGACAUUCACCUAAACUCCAUAUCCAUACUUUUCCAGGUCUGGAAAGCAGUAAUUUGCCAUUAGCUUUUCCAGACCUUUUUUGCAAGCACCCUGAGAAUUGUUUGUUAUCAACGUAAUAGUACAAUGUCUUCCAUUAACUUGUGUAGUGGUUCUGAUCAAAUACCAUAGUACAGUGUUAUGUUUCACCCAACAGCAACCUUCCUCUUGGAUGGGGAAUAUGUGAGAACUUAUAUGUGAGAAAGUAAUGUACAUAAAUGGCAGUUCAUUGGAUAUUUUUGAUGCACUUGAUUUGUCUGACAUAAUCACUCAGCAAUUAAGUUUUCUUUAUGUAGCAUAGCUAUAGCAAUAGUACAAUCGACAGGUACAGUACCUAGCCUAGGAGUCUUCUUGCUCUGCUUUAAACUGGAAAGCUAUUUUUAGAUAUUAUAGUCACUCAGCUGAACAAACUUGACUACUGCUGUUGCAAAGACUGUUGAUAAGAUUGUUAAUAGGAGGGUAAUGACUUAAUAUGUUGGACAGCUGUGAGUAUAAAAUACUGUACUACCAGUAAUAUAAUAAUAAA